AUCACCGCAUACCAGUCCCUAGCUAGUGGGUCGAUUGAGACUUGCAUGCUUUAAUGAUUCUUGCUAGAGGAAAGCGCCCAGUCAACGUUGGUCGGGGCAGGUUGCAGGGGCGUUGCACAUUUGACAACCAGGUCUGCCCUUACCUGCGCUUUGGCGCUCCAGGCGGUCUCGCAUACCUAGGUAUUUAUCUGCCCUGCGCUUCGAAUCGGAAGUUCGCAUGCAGAAGACAAAGGAAAGUUGGUGUUGUUUGAUGCCAAGGUUGGUGGAGCGAUGCGAGUUUCUCCUUUGUGAGAAACGCGUUGAAAGGUGUGUUUGUGCCCCUGUUUGAGAAGUGCAAGGGGGUUACUUGCACAUUUUUAGGGUUGUGCAGGUCGGGGGUGAAGCUGGAGCAAUUGUGGGCCAAGACAUUGACAAUUACGUGCUUUAAGCCCCUCAAGUUGGCUUUGUUGAAAUCUGCUGAAAGAGCGGGAAAGCUGUCAAUAAGCCAAUACAUGCAAAAACUGCUGCUUUAGAAACUGGUCCUGCAUGGGCAACUCCGUUGGGGAACUGAGCUUUCAGCAGGUAAUGCUUCUCUGAAACCAAUUCGCCUUCAAAAUUAGCCUAUACGAAUGAAACAGAAGCUCAGGUUUGAGGAGGGAGCUGCCAGGCAGCAUGAACAAAGCCGCAGUGCAUGACAUACCACCACGAGGGAUUGAACAGGGUGGAGGAAUGAGUGCCGGUAUAAAUUACUACUAUUGGCCUACCAAUAUAGCCUCGCAGAGGUGUAUGCUUGUGUUAGAAGAGAAAGGCCUUGAUUACUGGGGGCACGUCAUGAACCCUUUUGACGGUUCGUGCCUCGAAGAGGAGUACAUGAAAAUGAAUAACAAAGGGACCGUCCCAACACUGAUUGAUCAUCGAAUAUCUUUGAUAGAGACAAAAACAAUCGUAAGGUACCUGGAUUCCAUGUUUGAGCCCCUAGGAAAGGAUCUGGUCAACCGACCCCUGGUUAACAACUGGGUGCAGCAGCUCACAGACUGGGACGACACCUUCUGGACAUAUGCCUACAUGCCUGGCUCAAACGGGCGGUACCUGCGGGGCAAGCUGAGCGAGUUCAAGCGACGGUGCAUUAUCGCACGCAUGGAGCGGCAUCCGUCGCUGGUGCCGUCCUACCGGGCCAAGCUUGAUGCCCUCCACAAGCUGCUAGAAGACAUUCGGAAUCCCGAGAUGGUGAACGAGAACAUGCGGCAGCUGUACGUGCUCCUGGACGCCGCGGAGCGGCAGCUCGCGGUGACGAGUUUCUUGUGCGGGGACGCGUUGUCGACCGCGGACUGCAUGCUGCUGCCCAUCCUGGCGCGGAUCGAGUUGGCGGACUUGACGAAGGAGAUCCUGGAGCCGCGGCCCAACUUGUUGGAGUACCUCCAGGAGAUGAAGCGGCGGCCGAGCUUCGAGAAGGUCGUGCUGAAGCCGCAACGGAGCUUCUCCAAAAUGAAGCGCAUGCUGCCCACGCUGGUCGGCAUACAUUGGAGAAGUCUUGUGAAGUCGUACUAGGGGGUUAGAGGGGGAACUGGGUCGUGAGCAGUGCGGAGCGGUUCAACUCAAAUCAAAUGGCGCGCUCGCCAACAUAGAGCUGGCUCGAUGACAUGUAGCCAAAUAUGUGAGCGCGUCGUCCUGUCACGGGAGUAACCCAGUCCAUUAUGCAGACUUUGAUACUUGAGUUUGCAGGGUUGACAGCUUAGUAGAUCCACCCAUUGUCGGGUGAAAUGUCAAGUGUAUGAAUAUGCAGAUAUUUCCAUUGACAAUGGAACGAAGAGGUCAGAAUAUAAUAUCGUCACACAAACUUGUUGUUUGGUUCGAUGGCUUAUAUGGAGUCGUAGCUGUUCUGGCC